AUGAGUGCAGCGAAGGGCCAUAUGAAGAGGGGACGCGGUGAAGAGGUUGUCCCGGAUGACGAUGAGCUUGACAGCAAUGCACCGUUCCUCAGCCGAGUUUGUUUGGCUUCCCACGAUGCUGAGGCCUCUACGCAACAACGGCAAAGGAAAAGAGAGCAAGAACAACAAAAAAAGACCGUCUGUGGCUCUACGCGGGUUGCACACACGGGCUAUGAAACAAGUUUUUCCGAUUUGGCUGAAGAUACCAGGCGGGAACGCGGAGAAGAAAAAAAAGAAUUUCUUUUUGACAAGUCGGUGAGGAAUGCAAUGCAACCAUCGGUGACAUCUCAGUUUAAGCUGAUGUGGUGUUGGCCUGUAUCCUCGACAAAUCAGUUGGAUGUGGUGUGUGAACGUGGUCCCAGAAAUGUCGGGCCCACUUCUAUUGUUGAGCUCCGUGGCGAACCUUUUCUUCGGGAGGAGAACCGCCGGGUGGCAGUUGUUGUGAAUUGCGGGGAGCGAUUUUUGCUCCCGCUUUUGCCAAGACCGCGUGAAGGCAGUACAGAACAGGAGAACGGUGUUUUUUGGCGUACUUCAGCAAGGCCGUACCAGGAUUUGCCGCCAAGUUUUGCGGAGCUUCUUGUUGGGACUGUGCAGGAUCUUGAACGAGCUUCUAAUAUCGUUCAGAAUUUGCCCUCUUCCUUUGACACGCAAGCUGAUGGGGCGGGGAUUUGUGAUGGACCUUCAGCAAAAGAAGAAGAAGUGGGCUCAGCUGGUUCAUUGCGUACAUUCUUUUUUAGAUCCUUGCCGUACCGUACAUUGUGGCUUCAUCAGUUUUCCAAGUGUCUUAUCAUAUCCUUGCCGUGUGAAGAGCGUUUGAUUUCGCUAAAUUUGGGGCGUAGCACGCACAGCUCCGAAGUAUUUCCCAAGCUAGUGACGGAGUCCAUUGAAUGCACGGGUUCAUUUCUUCUUCCUUCUUUCAUAGUUCCGCUUGAUAUUAGUGAAGUCUACGACCGACCUUUCUUGGCUGUCGGAACCGUGUGUCACGGAGUUCUUGUUGUUUUACUUGAAAAUGGGAUGUGCGCUAGCGUUGUACAUCGUUUGCCGCUCUCUGGUCUCUCCACAUCAAUGUUCCCAGUGACACACAUCUGCACGGUGUUUCCUCCUUUGCGCUGUGAGAAUGACAAAAGCGACGGACUUGGAGUGUGGGGAGCCAAAUCUGCCUUUCUUUCCCAGUGUUUGGAGGGCGCCAUUCUUUGUGCCUCACCAUACGAAAACCGCACCGUUGUCGUGAAGUGCAGCUCCGCUGGGGGCGAGGGUUGUGGAUUUGAGCCACCUCCACCCACAAGAACUGUGGCGAGGUUUCUUUGUUCAACACCUUACUCGUCGCCGGAGUUUGGCCCAAUUAUCGCCACAUUAGAUGGGAGGCUGUUACAUUUUGGGGUAGACGACAACAAACUGAGCGAGACAGAUGGCUCUCCUACGAAAUCCCAACGCAAAGAUUGUCGACAACGCUAUGGCGCCUUUGACUUGGUGAGUCCGGAGGUCUUUUAUGUUAACACCAUGCGUAUGCUAUUGGGCGUGACGCCAAAUCACUUCUGUGAGGGCGGCCCGGUGCGCCAAAAAGUAUCACACUCCAGGUACCAAGCAAGCUUUGACCGUCAUUGGCUGUGUUUGACAGGUAUUUCGCAUCAAGUAAUUCUACUUGACCGAAGGAUGGCAACCUACGCGAAGCACAGUGCAAUUACCCUUACCGUUCCAACGUCUCCGUCUUUCUUUGCCACGGCUUCCACCUUAGAGAGUUGCCCGCCAGAGGUGUCAAACAAAAAGCAAAAAAAUGAUUCUUUUUGUGAAGACAAUGGAGCUCAAGAAAUUUCUGGCGAUGAUUCUGUGUAUCCCACUGCAAUAGAGGAUGGCAUUAGCGGCAUUUCCUGGGUUCGAGUAACUGAUGGUAUGCUGCAGCUUGUUGCUGCACACCACCAAAACUGGUUAACCGUUGUGACAUGGGAAGUAUAG